UCGGUUGGAGGAAGUGACAUGGCUUCGAAGCGCAUCUUGAAGGAGCUUAAGGACUUGCAGAAAGAUCCACCCACGUCAUGCAGCGCAGUUGUCAGCACAGGGUGUAUGUCUAAUUCUGGUUAGCACUGCCAGUAAAGAUUGUUUUAUUAGAGAUCAGCUUCUGAUCUUCAGCCCCAAGUUGAACUUGAAUUUAGUGUUACUAUGAAGGCUGACAUACUUGAUAUUGAGAGCAGAGUGGGAUUCAAGAUAUUUUAUCUUGAUCAGGUUUUUCUGGUCUCCUAAAUCAUAAUUUGGAGAAAUCUUCAGCGUGGGGUCCAGUUGCUGAAGAUAUGUUUCAUUGGCAAGCAACCAUCAUGGGCCCUGCUGAUAGCCCAUAUGCUGGAGGUGUAUUUCUAGUUACGAUCCAUUUUCCUCCAGAUUAUCCUUUCAAGCCCCCUAAGGUUGCGUUUAGGACCAAGGUCUUCCAUCCAAACAUUAAUAGCAAUGGUAGUAUUUGUCUUGAUAUCCUGAAGGAACAAUGGAGCCCUGCCCUUACGAUCUCUAAGGUAUUGCUGUCGAUCUGCUCGCUGUUGACAGAUCCAAAUCCUGACGAUCCUCUUGUACCAGAGAUUGCUCACAUUUACAAAACUGACCGGGCCAAGUACGAAGCCACUGCCCGCAGCUGGACUCAGAAGUAUGCCAUGGGCUAAUUUGUAGUAUUUUAGACCUUGCACAUUGGAUGGCAUCUAUGGAAAGCUUUUGUGAGUUUGUGUUGGUUAUUUUGUGGGGAGGGAUGGUGGUGACUUAAUCUUGACAAGCUACUUUUGUUUAACUUCUGCGAUGCUAUAUCAUGAUACAAAGACUCAAACAAGGUGUUAUUUGUAUCAUGCUAUAAACCUUGUUACUCACGGAAUAUCUCUCAUAUCUAAUUAAUGUUGAAUGAUUUCUCUUUCUUUC